ACUUUAUAUAUAAUAAAGAAUAAAAUAAAAAUAAAGAAAUAAAUAUAAAAAAUAAAUAAUAAAUCGAUUUAUGCUCUUUCAUUGAAAUAUAUUACAUUGCAUUAUCAAUGAGAAUAUUACGAUGUUGUAAUGUAAACAAUUCAUUUAGCGAUAAUAAAAAAAUGAAUACCAGAGUGGGGUAGGUUAUUGAUUUCUGUGUGGGUGCCAUAUUGGGAGGGAAUACCAUGGUGGGUGUCUCUUGGACAUACCAUACGCAGUAGUCUACAGAGAAUAUAAAUAGGAGGGGUAGUUGCACCAUUGACCCAGUGUUGAGUUGACAUACGGUCAGUUCAGUCACUCGGACGGAAUUCAUCUUACGCCUUUCAAGUUUUAUAUAUCUGUGUAUGUGAAUUGCUAAUAACCGUAAUAAAAGCCCUUGUAAAAUCAACAAUCCAAUGCAAUCCAAAACACUGCCCUUUCUUACUUAUCUUCCAAUUUUACAAAUUUACACCCAAAUCAUCGGCAUGUAUCCAGUGUUUUAAGUAUUCUGCAAACGUUUUUCUAAUAAAAAAUUUAAUAAACAUUGGUGACACCCAUUAAUCGAGUGAAUGCGUAUCUCGUGUUACGAUUUCAUUUGAAGAUAAUUGGUUGCAUUGAUAAACCAAUGUGCAACGAUAAUCAGGCCUUAGAAGUGGUCAAUUUUUUCGAAGGAAGUCAACUUUUGAUGACAUAAAUUUCAUGCAUUCGAUCGACAUUUGAUCGAACAAAGAAAGUACAAAACCAAACAAACUUAUUUGUGAGCAGUUUUCAGAUUGUUCUUUUAUUUAAAGCAAUAUGUCAGAAACAGCGGGAAUUUCGCAAGGAUUGGGAAAUCCUUACAAAAUUGUCGAUCAUACUCGAGAAAAACGAAAGGGAAUCACUGCUUCUUCUUUAAAAGAAUUAACCAGUAUUGCUAGAAACCGCUUGUCUUUACCUUUGGAUGCAGAACUAACAAUUGUCCUAGAACAAGAUGGCACUGAGGUAGAUGAUGAAGAAUAUUUUGCAACAUUAGAAAGGAAUACUAGUUUAAUGGUUCUAUAUGGAGAUCAAAAGUGGGUGGCAGCAGGAAGCAGUAAAGCUGCUUCUCGUUACAUUGUUGUUGACGAUGUAGAUAAUAUAGAAGGUGGACAAAGAAGAGAGGAAAUUAGAAGGCGUCGACCACCAAUAGAGGCUUUAGUCUCAUCAUUGCACGGUGACCCAUCGCAUAUAUCAUUGCUUGAUGGACAUAAUUUAGAAUUGCUCAGUGAUAUGGAUCCAGAUAGUGUGGCUGAUAUAGUGUCUGGCAAUAUAAUUUUCCUUGAGCAAUUAAAAGAAGCUUCAGGCAGAUUCUUAGCUGAAAAACGGCAAGCACAAGGAUCCCUGGAUGUUCUUCAGAUGUGUGCAAGUGGUGGAGAGAUAGAGCGAGCGUAGGCCAUGUGGGGGGUGGGCGCC